AUGGCAUCCGCAACGAGCACACCCACGACGUCGACCCCCGCGUCUCCUCUGCCGUUGGCUCCAUUGGCCUCGCGCCCCCCCUUGGUCUCCAUGAAGCCAAUUGCAGCUGCGGGCUCUCCUGCUCCCUUGGUGCAAUGCUCCGUUACAUCGAGAGAGUGGGUUAUUCCACCACGACCCAAACCGGGCCGCAAACCAGCCACCGAUACGCCGCCCACCAAGCGCAAAGCUCAAAACCGUGCCGCCCAAAGAGCAUUCCGUGAGAGAAGAGCGGCGAGGGUAGGGGAAUUGGAGGAGCAAAUCAAGAAUAUCGAGGAAGAAAACGACAAAAAAGAGGCGUUAAUGAAAGUACGAAUUAACACCCUCUCGAAGCAACUUGAAGACUGCAGAAACGAAAUAUUAUGGUGGAAGAAGCGCUGCCAGACACUGGAAAACGAUGUUUCCGCCGAGCGAAACUCCAAGGAUGCUGCGAUCAACGAGCUCCGAACAAUAAAGGCGCGAAAUCGAACAGAAACAGUCCCUGGUGGAUGCGAAAACUGUUCCUCAACCCGAUGUCAAUGCAUUGACGAUGCGUUCAACGUGUCGAGCGUCUCUAACCGCCAAGGUGAGUCUUCGAUACCAAAGCGACCAAAUUCGCCGCAGCAAGAAGCUCUAGCAAAACGCCACAGAGUCGAACCCGAGAUCAAAUCCGAGCCCGAAGAGUUAGAGAUUGAUUUCACUUCGAGGUUUGCACGCCAGCAAUCGGAGAGCGAAGUGAUUGUUCUCUCACCCACCCCCCUUUUUGACCCCUGCGGUUUUUGUCAGGACGGGACGCCGUGUAUUUGUGCCGAAAUGGCAGCAGACCAGCCCGCAGAACAAAGAAGGCCUCAGCAAACCAACAAGCUUGCGCCUAUAAAGCAUCUCUCUCAGUUUACUCCACCUCCGUCCGACGGCGAUGUGUUCUCUGACUCGCUGUCCUCCCUAACGAGCAAACCAAACCCGUGUGCAAACGGACCCGGCACUUGUGCACAGUGUGUUGCGGACCCAAGGAGCACACUAUUUUGCAAGAGCCUAGCGGCCUCACGCGCCGCGAGCGCUGGAACAGGAUGCUGCGGGGGUGAUGGCUCGGGAGAAGGCUGUUGUCAGUCACGAGCACCAUCGCAGGAUAACAACGAACACCUGGUGUUGAAGGAUAACCCACCUUGCGCGCCCCCAAUCACCCUGAGCUGUGCAGACACCUUUACGACGCUUUCGCGGCAUCCUAAUUUUGCUCGCGCAUCCGAUGAGCUUACCACAUGGCUACCCCGGCUUCACACCCUUCCGAUUCCACGAGGCCUUUCGUCAUCCAUCAGGAAUCGUCCGGCUCUGGAGGUCGAAGCCGCCAGCGUCAUGGGUGUCCUGCGGUAUUUCGACAGGCGAUUUGCCAAUUAA